AUUCCAUCUACCAACAAUCGAACAUGGAGCGCAAGGGAGCGGACUACAAAGGGGUCGCGGAAGAAAAGUACAGCUAUGGGCGCAAGAAAGCUGCUUCUGGUUACAAGGAUGCCGACGAUAGUGAUGCCGAGUCCAAGUCCGUCGCGUCCUCUGGCCAAGAAGAGGAGCUUGACUUUGCCCAGGAGAAGCUGCUGGAUUUGGACGUCGAGUCGGAAUGGGAAGAGAUCAGGAAACGACCCAGCAUCGCACGCAUCCAAAAAGCCGUGGAUCCCCGUGGCAAGAAGAUUGCCGACGGGCUCAAGAUAAAUUACAUGAACAUGCGCUGUGGCGACUCGGGACGGAUGUUGUGGCAGUCGGAAAAGUGGGGCAAGGACAUGUUUGAGCGCGAGCAGAAAGCCGUGGUGCCCAAAGCCAUCCUCCAAUGCACCUCCGUGUCGCGAGAGAUCAACUUCAGUUCCACCGAGGAAAUCAAAGCCUUUCGCCUCGAGCAGCGCGUGUUCUUCAAUGGCCAGUGCUUGGAAGAGUGGCUGUUUGCUUUUGGGUUUGUGAUUCCGCACUCGACCAACACAUGGCAGCAGACCAUCGACGCCGCCGGCCCCGACGCGAUGCUGCCUGCCGACGCGAUCAGCGGUAACCUCACGAUCGAAACGGGCUUUUACGACGCCAACGUGCUCAUUGCCAAGACUGUGUAUCGUAUCUACUACGAUUAAAAAAAUAACUUAGUGGGUCGUCUGGUGGAGUCUCG